AUGGAUCUCUCCAAAUUCUCAGUUUCAGUAAAAAAAGGCAAAUCGCAUCGAUUUCAGUAUGAAAUCAAUAUCGCAUAUAACUGUUGGAACUGGUCAAGGUACAGAACUUUCGCGGAAUUUGAGGAACUUCAGCGUGAUUUGGAUAAAAAUUUUUGUGACGUUCCUGCGCUUCCAGAUAUCGAAUUUACCGCAGGAUUAGGAGCUCUAGAGCAUCUCCACAACGCUGUAGAUUAUUUGGAUAACUUUUUGAAGGAAUUGUUUGCUAGACCAGAUACAAGAUGUAGUCAACAUCUUUUGGAAUUCGUUGAUUUAAUCCACUAUCUUGAUGAGGUUCCUACACCACCAAUGAUUAAACUAGUUUCAACGACAGCUGGUUACAACUAUGCAGUUUCAGACUGCGUUGUUCUGGAAAAUGAAUGCUCACUGAUAGUCGCCUACGAAGAGAAAACAUUCUUGAGUAAACUUGGUAAAUUAUGGUCUUUUAUUGAACUGGAAACUCUAGGAGCAAUCAAAAUAUUUCAAUACGAUGAGUUUGAAUAUAAAUUUGUUGAAAAGAAGUGUUUAACAUUUACACAAAAGGUUCGGUGUAUUUGUUAUGACGAGGACUCUAAAAUAUUGGUCAUGGGCACAGAUUUGGGUUUUAUCAAACGUUUCCGACUCUUGUUUAAGGAGGAUGGCUUUGAAUUUGAGGAAAUUGACACUUUAAAGCUCCACGAAAACGCCAUACUGUCAAUUAAAAUAUACGAUGGCCACUAUUAUACAUCUGGCUAUGAUGGUAAUAUCAGAAAGGUCAAUGUAAAGAGUAACCGAGUUGUAGCAGGAGGAAGGUUAACUAAACGUUUAAAUGGUCAUAAAAUAAUGACCGCUACAGUUGAAAAAGACGUGAUGCUCGUAGGAUCCUCAGAUAAUGACAUAUUAUCGUAUUAUAUGGAAAGGGAAAUACCGGUACUGGUAAAUACUACCAAAUUGUUGGAGCCGCUUGAUAUCAGGAAGAUUCUGGUGUCUGGAAAGAAUGUUUUCAUAUCACACGGGAACACAAUUUCAUGUUACCCCUACAAUAAAAUUAACGUAGAUUUAUCAGGGAAUAAUAGUAAGCCUAAGUUACAUUCAAAUACAAUUGAGUUGUGCACCCUAGUGGGUUCUAGGAAUAGUAAUAGCUCUUCUAAUGUUGAAAAGACCGUGAAUGUGAGCAUACCAGGAGCUAACAGGACAGCGAGAUUCUCACCGAGUUCAACCACCUCGAUUUUACACACUAAUAAAGUCUACUCAAUAGUUGUAAGGAGCAAAAAUAAACAACUAAUCGCAGGCCACGAUGAAGUAAUAACUAUUUGGUGUACAAGCUCAGGUAGAAUGUUGUUCAUAUGGAAGGCACACCGCGAUGAGCAAGUUCACUUUCUACAUCUGAUGGAAAAAGGUGAUUUACUCCUCUCUGGUGGAUCAGAUGGUAGGAUUAGAUUAUGGAAACUCCCCGAAGAUGAAAAGUUAACUCUCUGGACCCCAUCCUAG